AUGACUCCAUGUCACAUCUAUGAUCUCGCUGACGAGCUAAUGAGCGAGAUCUUGUCCUUUCUUCUCGAACCCGGACCUCGAGCCCUAAGCAGCAGAUCUCAUGGAAAUGGACAUACUCCCGGGUCUAGUGACCAUGAAUAUAACGAAGUGUCCGAUCUUGAUCACUUUCGACUCGUCUGCAAGCGCUUCAUGCGAAUCGGCACCCCUUACAAGUUCAAUCGAUUUACUCUACGUUUCUCUGAUCACGGCUUCCGGCGAUUAGAUGAGCUGGUAGAUAUGCAGCUGGCCUACUAUGUGAAGACCAUCACGUACAUGGUGCGGCCCUUUUAUCAAGGAAGCGAAUGGGUCCAGACACUACAGGCUUUGGGGUCAGAGAAUCCCGAAAUAUCCCAAUUACACAGCCGCCGGCUGCGUGAACAAACCAACCUGACUGAAACCAACAAGGACCUAGCCCGCCUCCGCCGUGCAAUUGCGGCGUUCUCAGCCUUACAGGAAAUAAAGCUCCUAAGGCUUCAAGAUGAAGCGGACGAAUACCUCAUCGACUUCAUACGCGACCGCUCACUAGGAACUGGCACCGGCACUGCAACAGAUAUCCGCUUCGACUGGGAAACCGCCUGCUCGCGCGCAGUCACAAACCUCAGCAUUGCCCUCCUCGACUCAAAAUGCAGCUCCAUCCGCUUCACAGGGCCCCAGAUCAGCCCGGAGGCAACCCUCCAGCUCCUCCGCGCCCCGUCAACAAUCCUCGCCGCCAUGGCCGGACGCCUCACAAGCCUCGAUAUAACCUUCCACUCGACAACCGACAUCACCGCAACCAUGGCCGACCUCUCAGGUGUCUUCCACCGCUUCUUCGUCGCAGCCAAGAACCUAAUCGCCAUUCAUAUCGGCUUUCUCAGCAAGGCACCACUAGAUCUCGACCUCGAGCUACUCUUCCACCAUAUCCGCUGGAAAACCCUCCGCAAACUCAGCAUCCAAGGCUGGCGCCUGAGCGCAGACGAGAUCAUCGCACUGGCACGUCGCCAUAGGUCGCAGCUACGCGAUUUCCGCCUCCUCGGCAUUUACCUCCGGCCUGGUGGCUUGUGGCGCGAUGUGCUAGCUGUCCUGCGCGAGGAAAUGGAGCGGCUGGAGCGGCUGGUUCUGAAGGAUAUUGAUUACGCCGCACACUUUGAUUCAGUUCCUGUCUCAAACGGUGUCGAGGUUCAUGAUUACCAUGUUGGUCCUAUGCCGUCUUCUCUUGGUUUUGCGGCUGGCACCUGGUCGGAUCCUCAGUCGCCAAUUACUACCCCGCUGCCGCGUGAUGGCCUCUCUGCUUUGGUGAGGGAGAGGGCGUUGCCGUUGAGGACUUCAAUUGAGAGACUGCGUUCUUUGUCUAGUGGGGAUCUAGGGGAUGACGGUGUACAUGUCUUGUGUGAGCAGUUGCCUCUGUGGGAAGCUUGGGUUCUUUCUGCUCCGCAUGAAGUUAGCGGGAAUGGUCGGACACAUUGGGGUAGGUAA